AUGCUGGCGCUGUCACCAAAAGUGACCUUUCCCCGCGUGGCUCCGCCCAGGAACGGGCACCACGGCGUGCGUGGUGUGGUCUCUGGGCGCAUUGCGCUCCAAGCCGAGGGCGAUGGCGCGCCACCGCCUCAGCGCCCUCGCGUGCUGGCAUGGGCGCUGAGCCUCUGGGCAGCCUCCACGACCCCGAUCCGGAGCUGGUGGCAGCGUGCCCGCAGUGGGCGCCAGCGCAACCGCGGACGGCGCCAGCAGGAUGGCGCGGUCGGCGUGGUGGGCGCGGCACCCACGAGGGCAGCAGGCGGCAAGGGCGGCCCGGCGCCAGGCGAGCCGCGGCGGCGCCGGUACCCGCCGCUCCCGGAAGCCCCCAGCGGCCUCGCGCCCUGCGAGCGGCGCGCCUGGCGCAAGGAGCAGCGCUUCGAGCAGAUGAAGGCCAGGCGCAAGGCGGGUCGCCCGGAGGAGCGGCGCAGGGCGGCCAGGCGCAAGAAGGCGCAGAGGCAGCAGCUGCUGGCGAAGAUGACCGAGGAAGAGAAGCGGAGUUACUGGUUUGAAGAGAGGCGGAAGCAAGUUGAGAUAGAAACCAGCUUAGCAAAGGCCUUCGAGCAAGGCCGGCCACGAGUUGUGAUCAACUGCAGCUUCGGGGACUACAUGCAAGACCGGGAGAACCGGUCCUUGGCGCAGCAGGUGAAACUCCUCUACUCGGAGGUGAAGCGCACGCAGGCAAAUGUGCAGCUGCACCUCACCUCCCUAGGGCCAGACAACCCGGCCAGCUCCUACUUCGACAGUCUGGGACUACCCGGCUGGAAGAUGCAUGUGCACGAGCAGAGCGUCUGGGAGCUGUCCGAGCUCUUCCCACCCGAGGACCUGGUGAUCCUGACGCCGGAUGCGGGCUCUUGCCUAGAGACUGUGGAGGAGGACAAGAUCUACGUGAUUGGCGGCCUCGUCGACCGACGACCUCAGAAGCACAGGACCUUCAACCAGGCCCAGGAGCGUGAAGUCGGCCCAAAUCAGCUCCGGAGGCUUCCGCUCAAGGAGCACGCCCCGAAGGGCGUCCACUCACUUCUCAACAUCGAUGUGGUGGUCCAGAUCCUCCUCGAACGGCUGCAGGGCGCAGGGUGGCCGCAGGUCCUGUCUGGUAUCGACGUCUCCACCGUGCAAGGCGACUCGAUGCUGGAUGCGGGGAUUGUCGAUUUCGCCAAGGGGAACUACCUAGAUGAGAUGAGGUCAUGGCACUUCAAGCACCACGUCACCUACUGCGUGGCCCCGGUGGUGACGAACCGGACGCAGGGCCCAGUCAGCGGGUCCUAUGACUUUUGGGCGGUGGGCCGGGACUGCUGCUCCUUGACUUCCUCCGACUUCCGCUGCGGCGCAUGGGGCCACCCUCACGCAGAUCGUGCGAUUCGGGUCCUGGCCGACGAGGACGUUCCCUUCUACCGCCUCGCCGUGCAACAGGCGGAAACGCUGUAUGGAGUGGUGGCAGCCAAUCCCGUCUUCUUCAAGUGGUCCAACGAUCCCGAAGCAGAGGUGUCUGGAUGGGCCAUGCAGGCCUUCAAGAACUUCCUCUUCUGCGUAGCCACUGCAUUUGUGGCCUCUCUGAUCGCGCUGACCUGCGCCGCCUGGCGCUUCGCUUGGCUCGGCCGGGGCAGCGCGCCCGACCUCCUCCAAGAGAAGUCCUACACCUACGGCUCCCCAGGGCAAAGACCCUUCGCGUGA